UUGGCUUGGCCUGGCCACGGGUUGUGUUGUGUGUUAAACACGUUGCAAGUUUUUGGCGACGUUUUGUCAAAUGUAAUUAGAACGUGAAACGGGACAACUCUUCAAGGAUUUCCUGUUUCAUCGUUGUGGAUGUCGCUGAACAAUUAAGAACAAUCGCAGAGAACGCAUCGCCACCGCCACCGAGGUCAUUCGAUUUAAGAGACAUAAGUCAUCACGUGGUAGUACGCGAACUGUUUUUUUUAUCGGUAUCGUUCCGGUAGAAGGUCCCGUGACGUCGAAAGUGAACCAACACAGUACCUAGUGUACUGCGAAGCUAACAGGUUCAAAGGUAUUGUUCUGCUACUGACUACGAAAACGGCAAAAAACUACAGUCAACAUGUCUACUAAGAUAAGCAGUAAUGCGGCGGCCAAUCCGGCCUCCAACACUACCACCACAACCAACAGUAACAACAACAACAACAACGAUUCACCGGAUGUACAAGUGACCGUUAAGGAUCUUCCGAUCUCGUUUAAGGUUAAAUACCUUGGCAGUCAACCGGCCACGGGCCUUUGGGGAAUCAAACAUACGAGGCUACCGGUGGAUCAUCUAGUCAGUGUCGCCAAGAACCUACCCCCGAACAGGAUUCUUCCGUUCUGCAAUCUAACCGUCUCGCUGGAUGGGGUAAAAAUCGAGUCCAUCACGUCGAAGCUUUCAUCGAUGUCGAACUUCACCAUCGACACGAUCUCGUACGGUGUACAGGAUCUCGUCUACACGCGCGUCUUUGCGAUGAUAGUGGUGAAGGAAAACUACAACCUCAAAGAGAAAAACCCCUUCGAUGUGCACGCGUUCGUGUGUGACAGCCGAGCGAUGGCCCGAAAGUUGACGUUCGCAUUGGCCGCUUCCUUCCAGGAUUACUCGAAACGCGUGAAGGAAGCCGAGGAGCAUAAUGGUGGAGCGGGUGGCGAUUCCGAGAAGAUGACACGGAAGAAGUUUGCCAUCGACCUGCGGACACCGGAGGAGAUGCAGCUCGAUAUUACCGAGCAGGAAACGGAAGCGUGAAACACACCAUUGUACACCCCUACACAUGCACCUUCCCCAAAACACACACACACACACACGGGAUCAACCUGAGUGCAAAUCCUAGUCGUAAAAUGUAUGCUCCACGGUCGUUCUGUUUCGUAAACGGUGUCGAGCCGCUGGAUGGCGAACUGGUUACUUACCUACGCAUGAGGUCUACCAAAUGUGCAUCCGUGCAUUCCUACUACUGCUAUUGGCUUUUUGUUUUGUUUAUCAUUGAAGUUUAUGUUGUUUUAGUGAAGCGUUUUACACCAGGGACCGUAGAAGAAGGAAAGGUGGAGCAAGCACUGUCUGCCUGCUUUUUCGCUUUUCUUUUACAAAAUGAAGAAAGAAGAUUCGUUAGAACGAAACGCUGUACAAAACGGGAAGCACGAUGAGGCAAAACAGUUACAAUUGUUUUUUUUCUUUUUCUUAUAAGUAAGUCUAUUUCGUUGUGAGAAUGUGUCUGCGUAGCAACGAUCGAGUGCGAGAUCGAGCUAUAUUGUAUAGUAUUUUUAAUCCAAUAAACAUUUACGAGUGGAAUCGUUGUAACAUCUUCCGGCAGGCACCAUGCGGUACGCCUAAG